CUUGUCAAAUUUGUGAACAGGCUCUACUGCCGAGAUAUAUUUAGUCUUACACUGGCCUUCAACACGACAACAUCAAAAUUUAUUGUUACCUGUUUACAUUUUUGGAAAUUUUUUGUAACUAGAACAGCUUCGUGAUGUGUUGCGGACCCUGCUGUGGAACUUGCUACUACCCUUGCUGUAGCCCCUGCUUUAGUGGCCGCUGUUUCGGACCACGAUGCGGGUUUUAUAGUGGACCAUGUGGACCUUGCUGCGGGGGCGGAUGCUGCAGCAGUUGCGGACCGUCUUGUUAAUUUUGGUAUUCAGUAACAAACAAUAUUAGAAAGCACAAUUUGUUGACAUGGCCUAUUCGUCUUGAAAACAAGAUCAAGUCGUAAUAAAAGGUGCUCGACUUUUCAA